CCACCGGGCCUCAAGGUGAUGGUGGGGACGGGCCGUGCUGCACGUUGCCCUGCCGCGCACGCGGGCCGGGCGUGGUGACGGGCGCCGCGGGCGUUGGGGAACCCGCUGCGCGGUGUGUCUUAUGGCGCAGGGCCCGUGAGGUGCAGGAGCUGUCUCUGGGACACGAGGUAUAAGGGUUAUGACUGGUCUCUGUGGCAACAUUGUUGAACUGCUGCACUUGCUGCUUGAGAAGCACUUCCACCAAGGAGGACAAAAAAUAUCAUGUGAUGAUUUGGCCCAUACUGCUGAUCACGGUUGGGUUAUGGAGGGAAGAGACACAGGACACGGACACAAGGCCUGCAAAGAUCCAAGCAGAGACAUCCAUAUAUUCAAAACAUCUAUUUGAGAAGUGGAGAACUAGUGGAAAAGUUGCAACUUUUUGAAGAUAGAAGCCUUACUGUAUUUCUCUUGUUCAUAUCUGGAAAGUAAUAAAGGAAACCUCAGCCACAGUUCAGCAAAAUGCAGCGGAAUCUGUUCCACACUGCGGCUCAGCUGGCACAUGGGACAUGCUUGGUUCUUCCUCGCAUUGGUAUCUUUCAGUGCUUAAAAGGACAAUCAGUGUUGUCUAAUAUUGGAUGCAAAGUGAUUUUGGCACUGGACCCUCCUAAACGAUGUCUUCAUGCAGGUGCAGCAUGCUUUGCCUCAAAUAAAAGUGCUUCUUCAUCACAGCCAGCAAACAGUCCUCACAAAGUACUAGAAGAGAGAAAUCAUGUGACUUCAGCCACUGUUACACCCAAGCAGAGCCCUAUAGAAUCCGAUUCUUCAGAACCUGAUCCAUUACAAGACAAAUCAAUUAGUCUUGUUCAGAGAUUUAAGAAAACUUUUAAACAGUAUGGAAAAGUCAUGAUUCCAGUGCAUCUUGUGACUUCCACUGUGUGGUUUGGAUCCUUCUACUAUGCAGCCAUGCAAGGCGUGAACAUUGUUCCGUUCCUAGAGUUGAUUGGCUUACCAGACACCGUGGUGAACAUCCUGAAAAAUUCCCAGAGUGGAAAUGCACUAACCGCAUAUGCAUUGUAUAAAAUUGCAACUCCUGCCAGAUACACUGUGACUUUGGGAGGAACAUCCAUCACUGUUAAGUAUCUACGUAAGCAUGGCUACAUGUCCACACCACCACCAGUAAAGGAAUAUAUACAAGAUAGGAUGGAGGAAACAAAGGAUAAGAUUACAGAGAAGAUGGAGGAAACAAAAGGAAAGAUUACGGAGAAGAUGGGGGAAACAAAAGAUAAGAUUACAGGGAAGAUGGAGGAAACAAAGGAUAAGAUUACGGAGAAGAUACAAGAAACCAAAGAUAAAGUUUCAUUUAAAAAAAUAAAGGAGUAGGAGAAAUGCUUAAUUUUUGGCUAUAUCAGACUUAGCACUUUAACCCUUUGUGAGACAGGAUAUAUGAAGUGCACUUCCGAGGUGUUUUUUGUUUUGGUUUUUCCUCUUCUCCCCUUCCGAGACUACAGCUGCUUUGUGGAUUUACAAUUUCUGGAUAUUCACCGAGCUUAAAGUUCCCUGAGGGGAGAGGUCGUAAUGAGAUUUCAACUCGCAGAUGAAAAAGUGCAUCUUGGAUUAGAAGUUUGUAUGUCCAUUGGUAGUAGUGUUAAUGGCUACUCUGUCUUCUCUUUUUUCUAUCUCCACCACACACACCCUCCUCCCCAUACCCCUUAAAGAUAGUUUCUUCCAAAACCCUCUACUUUAUUCUUCCAUCAUAGUGCACAGCCAUUACACCAUUAGAUUGAAUCUUCCGUAAAUUAGAAGGAAGAUUUCUCUCUCCACUGGGAAAGGCAACAUAUUUUGGUUUUCAGAGUAUGUGGACCCAGGCCUCUUCAGUCAUGAUCAUCUCUCAACUUGAUGACAGACCAUUAUCACUGGUACUGCACAUGAAGGGGAAUCAAUGGAUUAGCUACUUGGCCUGAAUGAAUUAUAGUGACUGCAUUGACUUGAGCUGAGCUGUGAUCCUCUGGAGGCUGAGACUAUGAGUCUUUCGUGGAUGGUGUAUCUUUUCAGAAAUCUCAACUGAAAGCUCUGAGAGGAUGAAUUAAUCGCAGUAGCCAUACUGUCAAGUACACUUUGUUUCCUAAAGUUGAUUUACAGUAGAAAAUUAUUAAAUGAUAUUAAGAAUUGUCUAUUAAAAAUUAGGUUAUUUUUUUAUCACGUGAAAGUUUACAAAACUGUUCUAUUUCUUUUUUUGGAGAAAAAAAAAAGCAAACCAAAACCCUGAAU